AUGAGUUUUUCCCUAGGGAAACCAGAUUCAGUCAUCCAAGGUUGCUUCAUUGGUUCAGCGGAAACUAUUAAUAAAUGGCAGAAAUACACCACCAAUUUCCAAAAACUUUCAUACACCAUUGAAAAAUUGGCUGUUGGUCGCUCUCAACCACCUUCAGUAUAUGAUGUCUUUAUGCGGGCCGCCCAAUUUUUUGUAACUACUGCUCUGCUUUCUUAA